AUGACCUCUUUGCAACCGCCCUCGCCCGCGAAGGCCAACACAAACACCUUUGUCCACAAACUACACAACAUGGUGAUCGAUAAGCAGUAUCAGCAUUUGAUUGCGUGGAACUACACAGGAACGUCGUUCAUUGUUUGCAACAUUAUGGAGUUCUCAAGAGAUGUUCUCCCAAAACACUUCAAGCACAACAAUUUUUCGAGCUUUGUGAGGCAGCUUAACAUGUAUGGCUUCCACAAGGUCAACAAAUCCCCUCGAGGACAUCGAACGCUGGCCGAGAACCAGAUCUGGGAGUUUUCACACCAAAAGUUUCUCAGAGGGCGCCAGGAUCUGUUGGACGAUAUCAAGCGCAAGGCCAUGGAGUCGGACUCGAUGAGACGGGAUGGGGGAGACCUGCCCCAGCAUAUGGCCGUGAUCCAGGCAUCGCAGACGGAGCUCCUACAGCAGAUCACGCAGCUCCAGGAGAACUUUGGCGAGGUCGUCCGAGAGUUGGGAGACACGCGUCGCAAGCAGGCGGCACAGCAGCAGGUCCUCAAGAGCCUGUUGGAGUAUAUUCAAAAGACCACAGGUGGCCAGCGUAAGUUGUAUUAUAUGCCUGCCGCCGCAACGUAUACAAUAUGGUGGUCUCUAUCAAAUUCGUUCUAA